CGUGCUUCGCAGUGUGCGUCAGGGCUAUCUGUGCUUUACAGCACCAUUGCUAGCUUGCUUUGCUUUGCUCUCCCCCCCCGACACCGUCCUUGCAGUUUGCCCUGCUAGUCCUCGUCCUCGACCUCGUGUGCCGUGUGCUUCUUAACCUUAACCAGCGUUCUCGUUGCAGUAGAGAAAUUCAGCCAAGUUCAGUGAGAUUGAAGGGCGUGGAACAGGAGUCAUUGUUCUCUGGCCAUGUGCAUUGUUAAAUGAACGCGAGGCUUGCCCAUGACCCGCACUUUUCCCGUCUGCACGUGAUGGGAGCUGCAGUUGCAGGCGCUCUACCGCAUCUUCAUUGCGCUGCUGCUGGUUCUACUUCUACUUCUUCUUCGUCGUUUUUUGUACCUGAUAUUGUGAGGAGUUCCUCUGCGGCUUUUGCUUCCUGUGCUGCGCGGCCCGGUCGCCAUUGGCCGCUGCGUAGAGGAAAUGAUGUAACUGCGAGUCGUAGCCUCAGCUGGACGGUUCCGGCGGGGCGAGUCGGGAAGCAAUGUGCGAAGUGUCCGACAGUGUGCUUCGCUGCUUCUGUUCCUACUCAAAUUCACGAUGUAGUGUCUGAGGAUGAGGAGGAUUACAUCAAGGCUGGCGGAGAAGAGCUGGACCUCGUGCAGCUGCAGGCCUCCAAGUCUUGUGAGCAGCCGAAGAUUGCCGAGAAGCUACAACCUUUGGGGAGCGAGACAUUGGAUUUGGUGGUUGUAGGCUGCGGACCUGCGGGAAUGUGCCUCGCGGCUGAGGCUGCCAAACAAGGCCUGAAUGUAGGUCUUGUUGGUCCUGACCUGCCCUUCGUCAACAACUAUGGUGUCUGGACUGAUGAAUUUGCGGCGUUGGAUCUCGAGGACUGCAUAGAGCAAACUUGGAGAGACUCAGCCAUGUAUAUUGAAGAGCACUCGCCAAUUAUGAUAGGGCGUGCAUAUGGUCGCGUAAGUCGGACUCUUCUGAGAGAAGAGCUCUCGAGAAGGUGCGCUGAGGCAGGAGUAAGAUACUUAGAUUCUAAAGUUGACCGGAUACUUGAAGUCAACGAAGAUUUGAAUACAGUCGUGUGCACCAGUGGGAGAACUGUCAACAGCAGACUUGUUACAGUCGCGUCUGGAGCAGCUGCUGGCAGGUUCUUGAAAUAUGAAACAGGAGGUCCAGGAGUCGGUGUGCAAACUGCUUACGGAAUUGAAGUGGAGGUUGAACAUUAUCCUUACAAUCCUGAUUUUAUGCUCUUCAUGGACUAUCGAGACUAUAGAAGUCGAGACAAAGGAGAUAUCAGCCCUGAAGAGAUACCCACCUUUUUGUACGCAAUGCCUAUUUCAUCAACUCGUGUUUUCUUCGAGGAAACAUGUCUUGCUGCAAGACCAGCCAUGCCCUUUAGUCUCCUUAGGGAAAGGCUACAAGAGCGUUUGGAGAAGAUGGGCAUUAAGGUUUCACAUGUUCACGAAGAGGAGUGGUCAUAUAUCCCAGUGGGAGGCAGCCUACCAGUGACAACUCAAAGACAGCUGGGUUUUGGAGCAGCUGCCAGUAUGGUUCACCCGGCCACUGGCUAUUCACUAGUCCGCUCCCUAUCUGAAGCUCCAUUUUAUGCGGCAGCCAUUGCUAGGGCACUUAAAUCCACAGGCGGCAAGCUUGGCACAUCUAAUUCUCAGGAAGCUGCUAUAGAAGCAUGGAAUGUCUUGUGGUCUGGCGAAAGAAAGAGACAGCGAGCCUUUUUUCUGUUUGGAUUAGAGCUUAUUUUGCAACUUGAUACUGUUGGAAUCAAAGAUUUUUUCGUGACCUUUUUUCGGCUUCCUGAAUGGUUGUGGAAAGGUUUUCUUGGCUCAAAGCUUUCAUCCGUGGAUCUUAUCUGGUUUGCACUUGCAACUUUUGUGAUUGCUCCAAAUGCGUUGCGAUUCCAGCUUGUGAAGCACUUGAUAGUACACCCCAGUGGAGCGAAGUUAGUGCAGACGUAUGUGGGUCUUGUAGAUGCUGGCACUCAUUCCACUAAAUUGACGCGCGUGUAGCAAACCCUAAAACAAUUUCAACAGAUUGUCCUUCCAGCUUGCCAUUCGAACUCUUAGGAUUUCCUUCUCCUUUUAUGUAUCUUAAAAUUCCUAAAGUUUUGAUUUUGCGAAACUAGUGAGAGAAGAGCCGUAUUUCAGGCUCUUUGUUGUGUUCCAUGUCGUUUCGCAACCAGAGGAGUAGAUUGCAACAUCUCAUUUGUAAUUCAUGGAACGUAACUCUUCACACGUCA